AGUUAAAGAUAGACACACAGGCUACCCAGCAUCUUGGGCAGGGGUUUAAAUUUGAGAGUUCUUAUAGAUCUGUGGAUUUUUGGAACUUUCUGCUUGCUUCCCCCCCUCCCCCCGGAUUUAGUUCCCUUUUUUUUCAAACAAUGCAUUGGAAUUAUUAGGGAGGGUGAGCUGAUCAUGGUGCAAACAACAGGAAUGAUUGAAGAUUGUGGGAAAAGAGGCGCUACCAUGGCAGAAAGGAGGCAGCUGUUUGCAGAAAUGCGGGCUCAAGAUCUGGAUCGUAUCCGUUUGUCCACCUACCGAACAGCAUGUAAGCUUAGAUUUGUGCAGAAAAAAUGCAACUUGCACCUAGUGGACAUUUGGAAUGUUAUAGAAGCAUUGCGGGAAAACUCUUUGAACAACUUGGACCCUAGUAUAGAGCUGAAUGUGGCUCGACUCGAAGCUGUGCUCUCCACUAUUUUUUACCAACUCAACAAACGUAUGCCAACAACCCACCAGAUUAAUGUUGAGCAAUCCAUCAGUUUACUGCUCAACUUUUUGCUGGCAGCUUUUGAUCCAGAAGGACAUGGAAAAAUAUCUGUGUUUGCUGUCAAAAUGGCCUUGGCAACACUUUGUGGAGGAAAGAUUAUGGAUAAAUUAAGAUAUAUAUUCUCAAUGAUUUCAGACACUAGUGGGAUAAUGGUGUAUGGAAAAUAUGACAUGUUUUUGCGAGAAGUUCUUAAACUGCCCACUGCAGUCUUUGAAGGUCCUUCUUUUGGUUAUACAGAACAAUCUGCAAAGUCUUGUUUUUCUCAACAGAAAAAAGUUACACUGAACGCUUUUUUGGAUACUCUUAUGUCUGAUCCUCCCCCACAAUGUCUUGUCUGGUUGCCACUUCUACACCGAUUGGCAAAUGUUGAGAAUGUCUUCCACCCUGUUGAGUGUUCCUAUUGCCACAGUGAGAGCAUGAUGGGAUUUCGCUACCGAUGCCAGCAGUGUCACAAUUACCAGCUCUGUCAAGAUUGCUUCUGGAGGGGACAUGCCAGUGGUUCCCAUAGCAACCAACACCAAAUGAAAGAAUACACAUCAUGGAAAUCUCCUGCUAAGAAGUUAACCAAUGCACUUAGCAAGUCUUUAAGCUGUGCUUCCAGUCGUGAACCCUUGCACCCAAUGUUCCCUGAUCAGCCUGAAAAACCUCUAAACUUGGCACAUAUAGUGCCUCCUAGACCGGUCACCAGUAUGAAUGACACACUUUUCUCCCACUCUGUUCCCUCAGGAAGUCCUUUCACAAACAGAAGGUUACAGUAUAGCCUCGAUGUUGCAGACAGGCUGGCUGAUGAACAUGUUCUCAUUGGGUUGUAUGUCAACAUGCUCCAGAACAACCCCUCACGUUUACUUGAAAGCCCAAACCGUCUAGAUGAAGAACAUAGACUGAUUGCCCGGUAUGCUGCAAGACUGGCAGCAGAGACUACUUCAUCACAGCCACAACAGCAACCACAACAAAGAGGCACUCCAGAUAUUUCAUUCUCUAUUGAUGCAAAUAAGCAACAACGACAGCUUAUUGCAGAACUUGAAAAUAAGAACAGGGAAAUCUUACAAGAGAUUCACAGGCUGCGGCUUGAACAUGAGCAGGCAUCUCAGACUACCCCAGAAAAGGCAGCACAAAACCCUACACUCCUGGCAGAGCUUCGCCUCCUGAGACAGAGGAAAGACGAGUUGGAACAGAGAAUGUCAGCUCUUCAGGAAAGCCGAAGAGAACUCAUGGUUCAGUUAGAAGGCCUCAUGAAACUACUCAAGACCCAAGGAGCAGGCUCUCCUCGCUCGUCUCCCAGCCACACGAUCAGUCGGCCAAUUCCAAUGCCUAUCAGAUCUGCAUCUGCCAGCUCAACCCCAGCCCACACACCACAAGAUUCUCUGACAGGGGUGGGAGGAGAUGUGCAAGAAGCUUUUGCGCAAGGUACAAGAAGAAAUUUAAGAAAUGACUUGUUGGUAGCUGCUGAUUCUAUCACCAAUACCAUGUCUUCUCUCGUGAAAGAGUUAAACUCAGAAGUUGGAAGUGAGACAGAAAGUAAUGUGGAUUCAGAGUUUGGUCGGACUCAUUUUGAUGAUCUUGUUCCAUCACCAACUUCUGAAAAGGCUUUUCUGGCACAAAUCCAUGCCAGGAAGCCAGGAUAUCUUCACAAUGUAGCUGCUACUGGAACCAUUCGCAGUGACCUGGUUACAGAGGAUGGAGAGUCUUACGUUAGAGCUGAUGAUGAGAACUAUGAAAAUGAUUCUGUCUGUCAACUAGAAAAUGAACUCAAGAUGGAGGAGUAUUUGAAGCAGAAAAUGCAAGAUGAAGCUUAUCAGGUCAGCUUACAAGGAUGAGUAACCAUCCUUGUAUCACUCUCCUCUCAAGAAAGCUGCAGUCAAAUGGAUAAUGAAAGUGAUGUAAGAACUGAGGAGGAGAAAGAGAAGGAGGAAGAGGAAAAAGAGGAAGAAGAAGAAGACAACACUCCGAUCAAUGACAAAGAUAGCCUAGCUGCCAGCUUCAAUGAAGAAGUGAAAAAUCAAGUGCAGCCUCUCUAACCAACUAGGUCUCCAGACUGUAGCACAAUUAUUUUGUAUGCCAAGUUCUAGUUUGUAGGUGUUUUAUUUUUGAAGAUUAAAAAACCAUGAUUUUUAUUUAAAGUUAAAUUAUAUCAGCUACAUCAUGUGUAACAUGGCUUAUUAUUGAUGAAGAACACUGGCUGUACUAACAAAAUAUAAACCCUUUGCACUUUCAAACCUGUUCAGUUUACAAUGACAGUACUGUUUAUCUUAGGAGUUUGAUUUCUGAAUAAUUUGAGGUUUUAGAACACUUUCCUACACACUGUACAUUAUUCUUCCAUAGAGGAAAUUUUAAAAGUAUAAUGAUGCAUUUAUCAUUGAAUAAAUAUACUCCUGUGUGUACAUAUUUAUAGCCCAAAAAUGAACUAUAGUUGCAAUACUAAACCCAACCACACUUGCAGAAUUCUCACAGAUAUUACUAGGAAUUGCACACAUGUUGAUAUUACAAUAUUGCAUCUUUGGAUAGCAAUUUGUUUUUAAUAUUUCUGCAAAAUAAAUAAAUGAAAAUUUAAAAACAAACUUGUACAAAAUGCACUAAGAAGUAUCUCUAUGACUUAGGGCUACUACAUAACGAAUGUUUUCUUUCAAAAUAUAAUCUAACAAAUCAGCCAUAGAACUUAGUGUAAAUAUUUUCUUUCCAAAUAGAAAUGAUAUACAAAAGACAACAUUCAAAUUAUAUAGAAUCUAGUUUUUAAAAUCAGUACAGAUCUUCUUAAAACUGUGAACUAUGUUUUGAAAUACUCAUUACUAAAGCUGUUUAUAAACCACAGGUGCCAUAAAAUCCCUAAACUAAUUGUAUAAUCUUCAUUUUAUUAUUUUGUUGCAGUUUUAGAACUUUCUUUCACAUUAUCUCCAUCUUUCAUAUCUUGUUGGUUGAGGCCUUCAGCUUUAAAUGUACAGGCUUUAAAAGAUUGCUUGCAAUUACUUUCGUUUCUUAUUGAAUGUGCAUUGCCUUAGUCAACCAUUAGUUGUUUUGUGUGCAUUCUUGGAAAUGGGCCAGGGGUAUCUGCAGGGUAUUGUAAAAAAAAGAAAAUCAAGAUUGCUGCCAUGCACAUCUUGCAAUGUAUAUAAAUAGGCAGAGCUUUUAUCACAUUAUCAUGGCUGCCCUCUUGCUUUUUUUUUAAUCUUACCCUCUGGACACUCCUGGAAUGAGUAGAGAGACUUUCUUCAGGGGCUGAAUGGGGUAAUCUGCUAAAUAUGAAAAGCACAUGGAGGGGAGGUGUGUCCUUUCUAAAAAGAAAAAAGAAUAUAUUAUGUAAUUACAACAAUAUCUCUUUUGAGUUAAUCUUAAUAUGCUAUUUAAAAAAAUAAUAGAGAGGAGGCUGCUUCCCUGAGGAUUAUAUUUGGAAAAGAUACUUCACAAUCUUAUUUUCCCUAUAUAGUAAAUUAGUUACAAGCAAAUUUUAGCCCUAAGGAAAACAGCAAAUUAUUUAGAAAUUGUUAAGCGUAAUGGCAAUGUUUUAUUAAUGUUGCAACAACUCUAACAUUAAGCACGAAUUUAGAAAAGCUGAAAUAUAUAAAUCCAAAGUUAUUGUUAAAAAAAUAAUAGCUCCUUAAACUUGCUUACAUAUUUCAUUGUCCAAAUGAAAAGAUGAAUCUUUCUGUUGAUUCUACAAGGGACAUGCUUCAGAUCAAAGAUGUAUAAAUUAAAUAACUCUAGGUACUUUCUCACUCAUGAACAAAAUAAUUCCUGACAUCUUCCUUCUUGUGUCUUUCUCAACAUUGUCUCUAUGUACUCAAAUCACAGAAUUUAGAGAACUGAAGAAAAUAUUUUUUAAAAAUGUAUACAUAGAGACACCCCAGAAACCUCGCAAUAAUUACUCUUUACUCCUGUAGUGUCUACCAUCUUCACAUGGUGGAUACAUAACUUUUGACAAUUUACCUCUCCUAUGCCCUUCUCUCAGGAACUGGUUACUCUCUACUAGUGCCUAGCACACAUCAGUUAGUACUAGACAGUAUAUUGGCAAUUCUUGCUGACAACUCAGGACUCCAGCCAAGUAUUUCCUAAAGAGAAGCAAAAUUGUAUUAAAAAGAUCGAAAUCCAGCUAGAUACCUGCAGUUAGAAUAGGGAUUGUGUUUCUCUGAUAUAGUCCUUAAUUUACACACCCAGAUUGCAUGUAAAGCUCAUGCACGAGUCUAAACUUUGGGAAAUCUGUGCAACACUUAUUGUCUUCACAACAUAUGCACCAUUCUCUCAGUCUGGUUUCAGCACAGAUUCUCCAAAGCAGAGCUCUAGGUGGCCUCUUAUACUUUGGAAGUCCAAGUUAAAGCACUUUUUCAUUUGCCACCAAAACCAAACGUUGCUACAUCAACCAGUGUUAAGUUGACAGUGGCUCAGUAUGGACAAUACUUUCCCCUGAUUUCUAUCUAGCAUCUGGAAACCAAAAGUGUCAUCUUCUAACACAGAACUCAACCUCCUAGGCCAUAAUGUUGUUAGUAUAAAGUUAUGCUUGCAUAAAACUCCACUAGCAAAGUCCUUAAUCAGAUUACCUGUUUCUGUAUUUUGUCUGGGAUGUCAUAUAAAAACCUAAUGGAAUAGGAUAUAAUGUGGAUGUCCUUAUUCAGAUGAACAUUAACUUGCAUGCCUAAGGAAUCCAGGCCCAAAGCUAAUGUUACAGACAUACGUUUCCAUGCACAAUGAAACAAGCAUGUAGAGGAAGUUGAGUGAGAGUUUUGUCCCAAAUGUGCCAAUGUUUUAGCCCAUACAGUCUUUGUUUGCUAAACAUGUUUGGACGGCGAACCUCAAAGUUGCUGGAAUGGUUGAAAUAGCCAUUUAUCAUUUUUCAUGGCUGUUUACUAUAGCCCAAAACUCCUUGUGGUUUGUUAAUGGAAAGAUCAUUAAGAGGCAGGAAUUAGAAUGUGAAGAUAGCAGGAUUCUUGAAUGUUGAAAGAAAAGAGAGGAUAGAAUCUCUGUAAGUAGUAAUGUUAACUUUAAAACUGCAUUAAAAGGUGUGUGGCCUUUGUUGUGAUAAUAUGUAUUUUCUUAUAUGCAUGAGACAAAAUGUUGCAUCAUUAUUUAGCACAGAUGUCUGCCUUUUACUUUAGCCACUUUCCUCCAUUUUUAUGAGUUCCUUGGAAUUGCUGUAGAUAUAUCUUGUAAAUACCACAACUGCGGGUUGCAGCAGUUAGGUUGGUUCAAUUCAGUGCCAGAGCUUGAAUGACAGGACAGGAAUU